UUUGGAGUAGGUGACGGGAAGGACGUGAUACUCGUAUAUCGAUAACACUGAUAAAGCUCCGCAGCCUCCGCCGGCCGAAGUUUGUAUAAAUAAUAGCAUGGCGAAGAUAAUCGAUACCGACGCGUGCCUGCGUCUGGGCAAUGCUUUCAUGUGCGUAUUCUUCGCCCUGGCAGCAUACGUGCAACUGAACGACCCUGAUGCUACCGUGUGGUUUGCCACCUACUUCAUCCCAGCCGUCGUCUGCUUCUCCGAAGCAUCACAGCCCAGGAGGUUCCAGCAGCACACCAAGCUGAGACAGGCUGCGAUUGGUGUCGGAUUGCUCUUGGCAGCGCCCCUCAUGGCAGUCAGUGUCUGGGGCUGGCUGCACGACACCCAAUGUCGGGGUGCAAACCCCCUGGUGUGCGAGUACGGCCGCGAAACGCUGGGUUCGGCCAUCGUGCUGUCCUGGCUCUUUGUGGUGUCCGGCCGCGCCGCUAAGCCUAGCUCGUCGAGGGUAUGGCUGUACGUCUUACUAAGCCUAGCCCCCAUGGGACUGUGGGCGGGACUGCUGCUGGGAGACGCCAUUGCUUACUUCUGCGUGCCUCUCACGUGACGACGGCGGCGACGUGCAAUUUUCCAUGACUGUCUUUUUGUGGAAGCUCGCAUCCACAAAAAAAUUUCCAUAAGUGUCAAGAAAAUUGUACUCAAUGUAUAUUCAUAUAAAUCUGGCAAGAAUCCACAGUUCCUCCUUGCUUGCUCAAGACAUUGAGGGUGUAGAUAAAAAUGCAUAUAAUUACCUCUUAUCAGACAGGACAAGUUAAGACAAAGUGUAAUGAGCACUGCUCGUUUUGGACUGAUGCAAGCCAUAUCCCCUCAAAAUUACAAAGUUCUAGGCUAAGGUUAUAGAUCAGUCUGAGCCACGGAAAUUUCGAAUAAUAACCGCGACUCAAAAUUUUAAGAAAACAGACUCAAACGGGAAUGUUCGGUG